AUGUUCGGCGAGAGGGAGUUGCUAGCAACAGACGUAUCAGGUGACGUUGGUCUCCACGAGGGCGCCUUGCUGACCCUGAUUCGAUUGCCUCCGCAGAAGUUGUGCACAGCCUCGGAGGACGGAACGGCACGAAUCUUUGAGCUGCAAACUGGGAAGACGCUCUGCAUUCUUGGAGGGCACUGCGGCGCUGUGAUUUCUGUAACUUUCUCUGACGAUGGAAGUCGAGCGCUCACAAUGACUGCGACGCGCUCUAUUGCGCUGUACGAGACAGCUCUGGGGGCACAGCUAUGGCGCCUGCUAGGUCCGGUGCAGGACGCAUGCCUCGCAGCCGAUGGACGGCGAGUCCUGGUCAUGGACUCGCACUCUGUGGUCGGGCUGCUAGAUGCCGACACUGGCCAAGUCAUGACCAACCUCACACACCAUGCGUACUACGUCUGCACUGCUGUGUUCUCUCCUGGCGGCAAAGCACUGCUAACAGCCUCGGUGGAAGGUUUCGCCCGACUCUUCGAUGUGGAGUCCGGCCGCUGCCUCAUCACCUUUGAGAGCAAAGCAAGAUCACCAAGUGGAAGGAGCCUGGGUAUGACGGCCGCUUCUUUCUCCCCAGAUGCCGGCAAGGUUCUGGUCAGCAUCUUUGACGGCUCGGCUGACUUGUACGAUCGCAGCACCGGUGAGCGAAUUUGCUCCUGCGUCGGACAUUCCGAUGUGCUCCGCUGCGCGUCCAUGUCACCGGACGGCACCCUGAUCCUGACAGCUUCCAAAGACGGUACUGCAAAGCUGUUCUGCGCCAAGUCCGGCAAGUGCUUGAGCACGUUUGAAGGGCACACGAAGCCUCUGUGCGCAGCAAACUUCUCGCCGGACCUUUCACAGGUUCUGACUGCUUCGCAAGACUUCUCGGCAAAGCUGUUUGAUGCCAGAACGGGAGUAUGCUUGCAAAGCUUCGGAGGGCAUUCAGCACCAGUUCUUGGCGCCAGCAUGUCUGCUGAUGGAAGUCUUGUGCUCACCUGUUCCAGUGACUUGGAUGCUAAGCUGUUCAACAGCAAGAGCGGGCAGUGCUUGCGCAGCUUCUUCGAGGAGCAUGGCUAUGUGACCUCAGCUCAGUGGGCUCCUGGAGGACAACAGAUCCUUCUGGCCUUCUUCAGCGGAAGGGUGGCAUUGUUCGACCCAAAGCAAGAUCACUUCGUCCAGGAUUUCACUGGGCAUGCUGACUGCGUUCACUCCAUGAAGCUCGUGUGA